AUGGGGAGUAUUGAGUCGGGUGAUGAAUUUGAACUCAUCGGCGAAAACAAAACUGACAGUCGAAUGAAAUGGAGAGCUUCUUUCAGACAAAACCUAAAGGUUUUGAUGGUUUUCACCAUCCAGAUGAUGUUAAUUUUAAUCUUGGUGAGCUAUAUUGUUGUCAGGGAAAUCAAACUUACCUUACAGAAUACUACAACGACAUCGCCUGUAACUAGUUUGGAUGCGAGUGCCAGUUUAAACGCUGUGUGCUUCCCGUGCGCGGAAAUCGGUGACAAUAUCACAAACAACGACAUUGGGAAUCUGAUCAAACUCGACAAGGAAACAAACAUGUGCUGCAUGGAAAAUGCUGGAAAUCUGAAGAAAUUGUUUUUGUUGAUUAUCAAUGAAUACUACAGAAGAAUAGUGUAUGGUUCAGCUUUAACCCGGAAAGCUACAGGACCAAACCAUACACAUAGCUCCACUGAAGUUGUUGGAGCGGCUGCUGAUGCAGGAGGCUCGGACAAUGCGUUUGAGGCGCCAUCUGUAUCUAAAUCGCUUUCAUUUUGGAAGAAGAGGGAAGACGCAGCCCAUAUGUUUAUCGACCUCGAACGUCUUGACAGUUCCAAUGAAACAGGUCACCGGGUCCCAUGGGAUGGACACGACAGCCACAACCUGCCGACGGCUGACCAUCUAGUGAAAUACCACCCAGAUAAACGUAGUAUCCAAGUAACUGACUCUGGUCUGUAUUUCAUCUACUCCUCAAUCACACUCAAAGCUCCAACAACCGGCAAAUCACCAGAAACGUAUGCACAGGUAUACCACAUGCUAUUGCGGGAGCACUACCUGCUGCCAAACACGGGGUCCACUAUCAUGAUGAUGAACAAACAUGGGGGAGGAAAGCCGUCAAGUGCCUUCUACAACAGUUUCCUAUGUGGUACGUUCAGAUUACGUAAAGAUGACGAAGUCUUUGUUUCAGUUUCAAAUGCCUCGUUCUUGUACAAAUCAUAUUAUUCUAACUAUAUUGGUCUGUAUAAGCUAUAG